CCCCUCUGAUCCUCUUAUCAGCGAGUAAGCGGCCAAGAUGGAUGUUGUAAACCAGCUGGUGGCCCAAGGGCAGUUCACGAUAAUCAAACAACCUUUGGGAUUCAUCAAAGUUCUACAGUGGAUCUUUGCAAUCUUUGCCUUCUCAACAUGUGGCAGUUACUCUGGCACGUUCAAGAUGAAAGUGGAGUGUAAAGACCGGCUGGCUAGUGACCUAAACAUUGAAGUAGAUUUUGAAUAUCCAUUCAGGCUGCAUCAGGUUUACUUUGAUGCCCCCACCUGCAAGGAACAAAACAAAGAACGUCUAUUCCUGGUCGGAGACUACUCUUCCUCAGCUGAGUUCUUUGUCACCAUUGGUGUCUUUUCCUUCCUCUACUCUAUGGCAGCCCUCGCUGUAUACUGUUUCGUCCUGGAGAAGUACCGUGAAAACAACAAAGGAGCCCAGACUGACUUUGUUGUGACGGCAGUAUUUGCCUUCAUGUGGCUGGUGUCUUCAUGUGCUUGGGCUAAAGGCUUGUCAGAUGUGAAAACAGCCACUGAUCCAGAGAGGGUCAUCACUCUCAUCCAAGCCUGUGACGAACCAGAAAAUCGCUGCAGUGAGGAAUAUGAUCCCAAAGUCUCCGGCCUCAACACCUCUGUGGCGUUUGGCUUCAUCAACCUGAUCCUGUGGAUAGGAAACCUGUGGUUCGUCUUCAAGGAGACUGGCUGGAUGGCUGCCUUCGCUGGAACAUACGUCCCAUCGCAGGAGAAGCAGCCCGCCCCUGAUUCCUUCGGCCAGGGAGGCUACGCACAGCAGGACCCCUAUGCUGGCUCCCAGGGAGGCUACCAGCCCGAUUACGGCCAGCAGGGAGGCUACAACGAGGAAGGGGGUUAUAGCCAGGGCUACGAGCAGCAGCCCACUUCCUAUUCUAAUCAAAUGUGAGCCUGCCCAGCCAAAACACAGCUGAAGGAUGGUGAGUGCUAAGUUUGAAAAGAAUGCAAAAGAACGUGGAGGCAAUUAUCUAAUGUGAUAUUCAAUUUUAAGCACAAAUUAAGGGUUAAAUGUAUAAUGACAGCAAUUGUUAUUCAACCUCACUCUAAUGUCAAGGUUUGUUCCAGUAGUUUCCC